AGGAAAAAACAUACAUAAAAACAUAGGGGUCAAACUGAGAGCUCCUUUUUUUAGUCGGUUCUAGUACUGAACCCUUCUCCUAAAUGUAGCGCAUACCUCUCUGAAAACCGCUUUAAAAUCGAUUUAGCCAAACGCGAGCCAAAAUCUAAACAAAAGUAACAAACAAACAUACAUACAUAAAAACAUACGGGUCAAACAAUUUCUUGUAUGCUUAAAAUCACUACUCAACAAUAAUGUAAGUAUAGCAUAUUGACCGAGAGUCCGUUAAGACGCCAGAAACAUGGCGACCUACACUAUAAACUAAGUCCAUAGAAAUAGGAUAGUAUAGAACGACUGUCAAACUUCAAAAGUGUGACCAAAAAUGAAAUGCAAGUGUUCGGCUCCUUAGUUUACCUCAACAAUAUCGAAAUUUCCUGUAAACAGUUUGGAUCUAUCACAACAAUACACAAAUAUAAAACUGUUUUUUUGCGCAAUUUAGACGAAAAUUGCGUUUUUGUUUGAUUAUACAUUGGACAUGUAAGCUUAUUUUGCAAGAAAUUUUGGGAGUAGUGCCUUUUUAAUAGGCGUACGAUAUUUUCUUCAUCGGUACGAUAAUUUUGACACUCAAUGAUAAUUCUCUUCCACUCACCUGGCAACACUUUGUUAAGUCACUGUCACUACGAUUAGUAUUAUAGAUAGCCAUAAUAUCUCCAAAAAGCAAAUAGUCACUACGUUCUUCAGUAUCUCUUAUGAGUCUGUGCUACAAGUAAAAAAGUGUUCUUAUAAAUAUGCAACUAAAAUAAUUUCUACACAUAAAGUAUUAAUAAGUUAUUUUGAAAAUGCAGGCGUUUACAACACAGUCAUUCUCUAGUUUAAUUAGAGCGCGUCUUAAUACCGAAUUCUUCCCUCGUCAACAUUAUGUGACCCGCAAGAGGUUUUACCGCAACACUGGCAUCGUCCAGAGCGACAGCAAGUGGGAAGUGACGCUGGACCACCGGCGACUGAAGACGCCGAACGGCAGCGUGCUGUCGGUGAGCAGCGAGCCGCUGGCGCGCGCCGUCGCCGCCGAGUGGGACGCGCAGCUCGAACACAUCACACAGCCCACCAUGCACCUGGUAAAGAAUGCAUACAUUCCAAAUUUCCAACUUAUCCUAAUAUCCCACAUAAAUAUGACGUAUGGUCACCCUAAUUAG